ACCACCCCAUAUUAGAUUAGUAACUCCGUACUUGGUUAAAAAAAAAAGGAAGAUAAACAAAGUAGUAAAGUACAAGAAAUAGAGAUAAAGGUAAGAAACCCCAUGUUAAGGAUGCCAAAUAAAAUGAGUCAAGAAAAAUAGCGACAAUCAGAACACAUCCAUUUCUUCUAACAUCUAAUCUGUAAAUCUCCCCCCUCCCCUAAAAAACACAACCACCCACCUCCCCUUCUUCGUCCCCACCCAGCCUUUUCCUCUUCCUCCUCUUUCUGUAUGGCUGCUUCUUCUUCUUUCUUUCCUGACCCUAAUAUCCUCCUUCCUCCUUUUCUUUAUUCUUCUCCUUCCCCUUCUCCUUAUUAUGACAACAACAUCAACAACAACAACAACAACACCAUCAUCAACAACAACAAUUACAUUAACAGUCAUCCUUCAUUUUCAAACUACUCCCCUUUUCUCUCUCCUCCUCUUCCUCCUCUAAUGUCUAAUAAUAUUCCCCAAUCUACUCCUCCCACUCCUCCUGAAUCUUCCAAAAUGGUCCGCAAAAGAACCGCUUCCGAAAUGGAACGCGCUUCCAAUGUUUCUAAUCAUGACACUAUUGAUCAUCGUUUGGUUUCGCGACAACAACCGCACCAGCAAUUUACGUCUGUUAACGACCCUGGUGUGUUUAACCUAGCCGAGGGGUCGUUGAUGGACCGUGGGAGUGGCGGGGUUGAACAGCAGCCUCUUGUUUGUGGGUUUUCUGGGUUGCCGUUGUUUCCGCCUGUGGUGGACCGGUCUAAUGAUAACAGGAAUACUAGUAUGAGUAUGACUACUUUUUCGGGUUCGGGUUCGGGUUCAGGUUUGGUUUCGAGCUCGGUUGUUGGUGGUACUUCGAUAGAGGAUCCAGGGUGGGUUGAUGGUAUAAUCAAGGAUUUGAUUCAGAGUUCUAAUUCCAUCUCUAUCCCUCAGUUAAUUCAGAAUGUUAGGGAGAUUAUCUACCCUUGUAACCCUAACCUUGGUGCUGUUAUUGAGUUUAGGCUACGCUCUUUGGCGGACCCACUCAUUGCGCCACCGCUUCAACCACCCCAACAACCCCCACCUCCGCCGCAUCCUCAUGCCAUUUCUCAUUAUCAUAAGCAACAGAAUCACCAACAAGCUGGUUUUUCGAGGGUUAAUAAUAACAAUAAUAAUAUUAAUACUAGUAGUUCAAGUCAACCUGGUUUGCAAAAUAAGGCUUAUUAUAACUUGAGUGACAUUGAAUAUUUUUCCGCUCUUGGUGCUCCUGAGUGUAGUGCAAACAUCAGUUGGGGAGGUGAUCAAACUGCGCCUCCCCAAUCGCUUCCCAGAGCAUCACAACCGCCGCCGCCGCCUGUUAAUGAAGGUUGUGUGGGUAGUGGUAAUGACAGCAAUGCAAACUCGAUUCCAAUCCCGAAUCAAAACCCUCCCCAGUCUGAGAUGAUAUCCCACGCUGUGGAGGGGAACUCGAAUCAGAAUACCGAGAAUCCUAAUUCUCGGGAUUCUGAUCCGGUAGUGGGGUCAUCCAGGAAAGAGGAAUCCCCAUCAGCUACUGUAUCCCCACCAGCUCCCUCGCCUCCGCCACCGCCACCGCAACAAAUCACUGCUGUGGCAAAGGCGAGGGAAAGGGAGGAGUUUAGGCAACGACAGAGGGACGAAGAAGGGCUACACCUCCUCACACUCCUACUCCAGUGUGCCGAAGCUGUUUCCGCUGACAAAUAUGAAGACGCUAAUAAAAUGCUUGUAGAAAUCUCCGAAUGGGCCACCCCGUUCGGGACCGCCGCGCAGCGUGUGGCGGCCUACUUCUCCGAAGCCAUGUCGGCCCGCUUAGUCACCUCUUGCCUGGGCAUACACACUUCUUUACCUUCAAUCCCCCAUUACCAAAAACUAGUUUCAGCAUUCCAAGUAUUCAACGGUAUAAGCCCCUUUGUCAAAUUUUCACACUUCACGGCCAACCAAGCAAUCCAAGAGGCCUUCCAAAGAGAAGAGCGAGUUCACAUUAUUGAUCUCGAUAUCAUGCAGGGCCUACAAUGGCCCGGACUGUUCCACAUUUUAGCGUCUCGACCCGGUGGACCCCCCUUUGUUAGGCUUACUGGGCUUGGGACGUCAAUGGAAACCCUGGAAGCAACCGGGAAACGGUUAUCGGAUUUCGCCGAGAAACUGGGGUUGCCGUUUGAGUUUAUACCGGUGGCGGAGAAGGUUGGGAAUUUGGACUUGGAAAGAUUGCAUGUGAGUAAAAGAGAAGCUGUUGCUGUCCAUUGGUUGCAGCAUUCUUUGUAUGAUGUUACUGGGUCUGAUACCAACACUCUUUGGCUCUUGCAAAGAUUGGCACCAAAGGUUGUAACAGUGGUAGAGCAAGAUCUAAGCCGAACAGGUUCAUUCCUAGGGAGAUUUGUUGAGGCAAUCCACUACUACUCAGCCUUAUUUGAUUCCUUAGGGGCAAGCUAUGGGGAGGAUAGUGAGGAGAGGCACGUGGUGGAGCAGCAACUCCUUUCAAGGGAGAUACGAAAUGUCCUAGCCGUGGGUGGGCCCUCUAGGAGCGGAGAGCCAAAGUUUGCGAGUUGGAGAGAAAAAAUGCAACAGUCCGGUUUCAGAGGGAUCUCCUUAGCAGGUAAUGCAGCUGCUCAAGCUACCUUGCUUCUCGGUAUGUUCCCUUCUGAUGGAUACACUUUGGUAGAAGACAAUGGUACACUUAAGCUCGGGUGGAAGGACCUUUGUUUACUUACUGCUUCUGCGUGGAGGCCUUCUCAUGCUCAUACAAUGAGCACCGUUUGCACAAGGAGCCAGUAGUUGGGCACGCGGCUUCACAUGUGGUGUAAUGUGUGAUGGGGUUUAGAGGGAUUUUUCUUGUAACAUACACAUGUAAUGGGUUUAGGACUCGAAGAUGGCGAGAGCAUACUUAUAGUUUUUUUUUUCUCCCCUGGUCACUUCGCUAGCUAGUUUCCUAUUGCAAAAAUGGACUUUAAAGAGCUUUAUAUGUUUAAUUUACAUGAGUUACAUCAAAUGUAUGAUGCUUUUUGACGUUAAACUUCCGCUUCAUCGUCCCUUCCAUUAUCUAUUUGGGCUAUUUCAAUUUUCUUCUUCAAAA